GGAAGUAGUGCCAUUCUGUUGUUGUUUUGUGUGGUGCUGCACCAAGACAAAAACACGUUACAGCACUCACAGAUUUGCUUCCAUGGCUCUAGGCUUAAGUAAAAGAAGUAUAACCAACUCCUGCAGGACACAGGGGAGGCCUUCCUUGCUUUUCCAUGAAGCAGGACAUGCAUAGCUUAUCAGACUAAUCCCAUACAGCAGAAGCAGCGUGCACUGUAGCCAUUAAGUAACAAUAUCAGCAAAGACCAGACACUAGCCGAAUAUAAAAGUAGUGCAGGGACCACUGUUGAGUGGGAUCCUCUCUCAGCUGCACUGAGACCCCCACACCGCACACACCAACAUCUGGACUGACCAUCAAACAUCAGACUGUGUUGCCCUUCCUAACAGUCCCUUCCCCUUUAGCACGUUAUUAGUUGUAUGCUUUGCUAAGACCAUUUGUUUAUGAGUGUAUGUUUGGAAUUGCUAUCUGUUGAGCAUUUGCCAACUGAGAUUGUAAUUGCUUAAGGACACUGUAUUAAAUAAAUGUAUAGUUAAUUGCCUGACUUGUGGUCAGUUAAGUGUGUUAACUGAACUCUGUGUGGCACUGCUGAUCAUAAGGCAGGGAACAGAAUGGAGUACAACAGAAAAUCUGUGCAACACCGCUGACCAUGGUGUGCAACAUGGACCUGAUAUCUCUCUUGUUCUUUUAGGUCCGUUCAUGUACAGUAAAUAGAACCUGCUCUAAGGAUAGGGUGGUGCUGUGUUGACUUGGUUAACUGAAGUCAGCUGAUUUCUCAUAAUGAUUUGGAGUACUGCCUGGAAUCUACAUUGGCGUAGAUUCAGAGACUUGCCCUUUCAGCUGCACAAGGAUACUUUGAAUAACACUGUGGUAGUAGUUAAUCUCAGUUACAGCUUAAUAUUCGAAGGUACAAAAUGCUUGAAGAUAUUGUUUAAGAAUGACUUUUACCUCACUUGUAUUGGAUACACAGAUGCAGUUUGAUGGAGGAUCAGUAAAAUACAUAAAUUUUGAGGAGAUAGUUCAGCCAAAUUACAGAAGUUACUGAAUAGAUAAAUUUCUAUUAGUGCAUAGCUCUGUUUAGAUCUCUGACAUGCUUGCUGGACAGUUCUUCAACCACAGCUUUCAAUGGCAAAGUCUACUUCAUCUUUUGUUGUAGACGCUGUGGUUAAGUGGCUUUUGCUAUGUUUGCUUGUGUUUGUUCUUAUUUAUUCCAAAUUUGUAGUUUUGAAAGGGAGAAAUAAUCUUUCUCAGGAAAAAGAAGAAUACAGGACAAAAAACAUGAAAAAAGAGAAGUGAAAAAGAGUUCCUAAUCUGGUUAUGCAGUGAAGGGAGAAACCUCUAUUUACAAUUCUUAAUUUGUUUGACAUGCGGAUUUCUGUGAAGCAGACUGGUACUGCAGUGCUUCUGUUCAAUAGUAUCUUGUCUUAAUUUGUUAAUCUUUUUCUGGUUCAUUGGAUAGCUUCCGCUGCCUAAAAUUCCUUGAACUCAAUCACAGAGAACCUGACAAGGCGUUGGAGGAAUCCGUGCUGUUUCUAUAAGCCUGUGUCACACCCCGAGGUGGAGGCACUCAGGAUUGUUCAAUCCCUCACAUAAGCCACAAAAACAUCGUUGUGGAGCGAAGUCCAGCACACUGACUUGCACAUUCUUUUUGAGAUACACAGAAUGCUACUGGAGAUGUCUUGCCCUACAUGCAGUACACAGCUCUGAGCCUCUCCUGGGGAUAGGGGCCCAACCUGUUUUGGUAAAAACAAAAGCAUGGUGCAUGUCUGUGUUUUAACAGUGGCCUACGAGCCCCUUUUCAAUGGAGUCUGUGCUCAGGAAGAGACCACAAUUUCCUCUGCUGCCCCAGAGAUGUCAAAGUCCAUCCUCCUGCCUUAGGAGAGAAGGAAGCUUGAGGCCGCCUCAGCUGUUCCCAUGAAAGCUCUUCUGCCUGAUCCCCAGACUGGAGGCUGAAGCAUCUAUUUCUCUCGUGUAUGGGCCUCAAUUCACGAUCCACAGAUUUCUUUAUUUUUUUAAACCAGAAUCUAUAAAUAAUCACCAAAUAAAGGCAUUGAAAUACAUCUUGGAGGAAGGGCAAGAACCCAGCCCUGCUUGUUUCUCUGAAGACAUUAACUUCUGGUUUCAUCCUUCGGGCAGGAUAGAACAGCUUCAAAAAAAGGGUUUGAGAGCUCCAUGUCCCUCUCAGGCAAGCAGCCCUGAGGUCACACUGCAGAGCUGUAGAAACAUGAAUCUGAAGCUCCUGAAGAAGAAAACUGUGUGACUCUGUGAUCAUCAGAUUCACUGGCUGCUGUUACAAGAAAAUGAGCACAGCUACUGGAAUGAAAGUAGCAGUAAGGGCUUGUUUUUACAAGUGACUAAAGAUAGAGCUACCGUGACUGAUGUGUAUUUUAGUGUCUUUUGUGUCUAAAAUCUGCUAGCUGACAAAAAUCAGAAAUGCUGCAGGGAAGCCCCUAGAAUAUAUGAUUUUACCAACUGUCAGUGGAGCGGUUUUGCCCAGUUUUCUCAUCUCCAUCAUUGUGAAACUUGAAACAGAGCUGUGGUUUUGAACUUGUGCUCUUCCUUGUUGGUGUGGGUUUGAACUUGUAUUCUGUUUCCCAUUCUUGCUCUCUUGUAUUUCAAUGUCAAGAGAAAUUACAGUUUUUAUCACCUUAUCACCUGCUGCAGUGUACUGGACUAAUUAAGUGAUGUCCAAGUGAUGGUGACAGAAAGAGUAUUAAUUCCUUUUUUUUUCUGUUUCUUCAAUUGCUGUAAUUGCUCUCAGCUAUAGAAGACAAAAUAAGAUGAUAAUUUAGAUAACAUUUCUUUAACAAGAUUAAUACUGUUGUGUGCUGCUUGUCCCAAAACUAUCGGCAAGAGAUUUGCACAGUUACAUGACCCUUGCAGACUUCUUGAAAACCAAGAGGAGGAAUAACAGCUCCUUCCUGUCUCUUCCUCAGUCCAUAGGCCAGGAGGCAAAUGGAUGCUGCUGCAGGUCCUGGUGCUCACAGUGUGCUUGCAGAGCAUGCCGCUGCAGCCAGCUGCUACUGAAAAUGCUUUGCACUCUAUGGCAUGCUGACAAAACACCUUGUCCUUAAGGUAUUUCUUUUCCUGCAUGUGACAGAUGUUGGCUUCUUUUCCUAAGACAAGUAAGAAAGGUACCUCUGCUUUUACAGCAAUGGCCUCCUUACCCUCAGAAGUGUCACAGUUUCUUCCUUAUUAGCCAUCAUGGCUAUGCUGCUUCUGUGGAAAUUUUUCUUGGAAAGUCUGCUGAAAUUACCUUCUCUCUAGCUCUUCUCUUUCAGGUAAGAACAUCAAUGGGACUUGCACAACUACUCUUAAUUGUGAUAAAACCUGCAAUGAUGAUGCUGAGGUGGAAAACAAGAUAGGUAGAUCUGUAACAUCUUCCAAAGGAUGAGUACAAGUCAUUUCAGGAAUGUUCCCCACGUGUAACUGUUCCUACAAUGCAUAUGUGAAAAGCUACACUUACCCUUCUGGAGCUGCUAUAUGCGGACAGGACUGGUUAUCCAAGAGGGGUGUGAAGCAGCUGGAAUGUACCAGUGUAGGCCAGCUUUUGGCCUUUGGUACCUGGCAUUGCGAUGUGUCAUGAAUCUCAACAGAUUUUACCUGUGUCAAGAUGGAAGAAGACUUCUUAAUCAGAACUGCUUCCUAGAGAGGCCUUGAAUAUGACUGAUGAUGCCAAAAAAACUCUCUGUAAACCUCCAUAUCCAAGAAGCUGAGAUUGGGUCUGCCUCUCUUCCCCAAGCUGCAGAACUCUCACUGAUGUUUGCUGUGAGAGUAAGCAGUUCCCAGUUUUCUGGAGGGCAGACCUUCAGCAUAUGCUCUUCUGCUCCACAAGAUGACAACAAGAGACAAAUCAUGGAUUCAACAUCUGUGUCUGAAAAUGGCUAUCUUGAUUUGCUGCUCUGUGAUAUUGAUCCAAUGCAUCUAUUUGCAUUCUCAGAUCCUAAGUCAUCUGGAAAUGAAGGUGAAUUCUUUGCAGAUCCUGAAAUUGAUACCUACAACUAUGAACAAUUCAAUAAUAUGGAUUUCCUGUGUGCAGUGGAAAAUGAUGAAAAUGAGGAUGAAUUGUAUCUCUCUUCCAAUGCCAAAGAUGCUUAUGCUAGAAUAGCUGAAUUAGCAGAAUAUGUGCUCAAGGAUCCGCAUGAGAAGCAGGUGGAAGAUGAAUUUGCAGGGAACCUUAUUUUGGAUGAAAUGGCUCUUGAAAACACUGAGAAAUUCACUGAUGUAAAGAUGCAGAAAUGUCACAAAAGAACCUUUUCAGGCUCUGCAGAGAAUUGCUCUGAUGCUUCUGAACCUAAAUACAAGAAAAUUGUGGAUGCCCCUGCAGUAUCAACAGGGAAUGGAUGUUUCCUUACGAUGUCUCUCAACAGCCAUUCAUCUGACUGCACCUCACUAACUCACCAGCACAUGUCCUUUUCUGUUCCCACUAUCAAUGCACCGGGAAGUUUUGUAAUUCCUGGGUCUUCAGUGCCUUUGAUUCCAGAGUGUCUGCCACUAGGCAUGAAAGACAACAGAGAGAAUGUAGACUUUGUGGAUCCUGCUCAGCAGAAAAUUAAUUAUUUUCUUGGAAAUGGCACAUCUAAUGCUAUAAGAUAUCCAGAACUGACUUCCUCCACUGAAUUAAUGGUAUCCCCAAGUUUUCAAGUUAAUUUAAAUGGCUUAGAAAUGUUCAAAGAAGUUCAAGUUCCAGAAAUUCUUUCUGAAGAAUCUUCAAGAAGACCAAGAUCAGUGGAAGCUUUCUGUACAUCACUUAUGGAUUACUUCCGAGACGUAUGCAAAUCUGUGUCUGUGGAGCGUGAAAUGUCUCUUGAUCACAUGUAUAUUGAUGGUACGCUUAGGCAAAGCCAAAUUGAAACCAAGCCUGGGAAGAACAGUGUAAAAUCAGUGGAAAGAGAUUCAGUAACUUACAGUCAGCAAGAGAAGGAAGAGGCAGUAAUUGAAAGAAGCCAAAUAUUUCAAAUGCCAGGAGGUAAAGAGUUAGAGACUAAAGUGAUUGUGGUGCUGGGAAAAGCAGGAAUGGGCAAAAGCGUUCUUGUUCAGAAGAUCUGCCAGGACUGGUCCAAUGGAGAGUUUUCUCAGUUUGAAUUUGUCUUUUGGUUUGACUGCAAACAAAUAAGCUUGCCUGAGAAGUGGUACAGCUUGAAGGAUCUACUUCUUGAUUUUUUUGUAAGACCUCAGGAGGGAAGCAAAGAGAUCUUCGAGUACAUACUUCAAAAUUCUACUAAAGUCCUUCUGGUUUUUGAUGGUUUGGAAGGGUUGCAUGGCCAUGAGAAUUCUCCUCAGUGCUCAGCCAGCCAGCCUAACAAAGACCUGUGCCGCGUGAAGGAGCUGCUUUCAGGACUCAUCCAAAAGAAGAUACUCAAUGGCUGUACUUUAUUACUUACAGCAAGAACAAAAGAAAAGGUGUGCCAGUAUGUGUCCAAAGUAGAUAAGACUAUUGAAAUAGUAGGAUUCUCCCCUUGGCAGAGAGAACUGUACAUAUCCAAAUACUUUGAAGGAUUACCCUCGUGCGAUAAUGCACUGAAUUUAAUCAAAGAGCAUGAAUACCUCUUCAGUCAUUGUUACAGCCCUGUUAUGUGUAGAUUUGUUUGUUUUCUCUGUGAGACAAUACUUGAAAUGGGAGAUCAAGGCCUUCCUUCAACUCUUACUACACUCUUCCUGAAAUUUGUUCAGCAAAAAAUAAUGCCUACACAAACAGAUGUUACAGAUGUUACACUUGCUCAAAACCAAGAGAAUCUUGCUACACUAGCCUGUAUAGCCUGGUAUCUUGGAGAAAAGCACCUAAGUGCCAUGAAAAGUGAUCUUCUUCCUUCUAAAGAAGUUAAAGAGUUUGCUCUGAAAAAUGGAUUUUUCCUGCCAUUUGCAUUCCCCAAACAUUCAGAUACGGGAGAAGAGGAAUAUGGGACCAUGUUCUCUGAUUUUGUCAUCCAGAAUUUCUUGGGUGCACUUCACCUUAUAUUAACAGAAGGCAUCAAGAACAAAAGUCUAAUAAAGUACCUCUCUUUUCCAUCCAAAAAGAAGAAACCUUAUAACUGGCUACAUUUCGUGCCUCGAUUUUUGGCUGGAUUGUUAUUCCUCCAGGAUGACACCUACUUCUGCUCCCUUUCAAACAAGGGUGUAAAAAAAUCAACCAAGAAGCAGAAAAUGCUCCUGAAAUAUAUUAAAAGGUUGCAAAUAGACAACCUCUGUCCAGAGAGGUUACUUGAGCUUUUGCACUGUAUUUAUGAAACACAAAACAGUUAUCUCUUGCAGCAUGUGGCCUUACGGCUCAAGCCAGACCUGUCCUUUCUGGGCAUUGUUCUUACACCACCUGAUGUCCAUGUACUGUCCUCUACUUUAAAAAGGUCAAGAAAAGAAUUUUCCUUGGAUUUGCAAAACAGCAGUAUUGACACACACGGGCUAAAAGACUUGGUUGGCCUGAAGAAUGUGGUGUCAUUCAGGGCCUCCCUCAGUGAUACAAUCAGGCUAUGGAAAUACUUAGAACAGACAAAAGACUAUGAACUGCUGAGAGUGUCAACAGAAAAAUUUGUUCUUGAUCCCUUUAAGGCAAAAACAAUGAGAGACAUCAUUGACCUUUCUGACCUUGUAGAAAUGCAGGAGAUAAUAAUCAAUCGUGUGCAAGAUGACUCUGGUUGCAGCAGCUAUCAAAUUCCUGCCAUAAAAAACUUGAGAAAACUAGAAUUUGCUCUGGGUCCAGCGUGUGGCCUCCAGGGAUUCCUAAAACUUGUGGAAAUUCUUGCAGCAUUUCCAUCACUGCAGCAUUUAGACCUUGAUGCUCUGAGUGAAAAUGGCAUAGGAGAUGAAGGAGCAAAGAGUCUGUCUGAAGUCUUUCCAACACUGACAUCACUGGAAACAUUAAACUUGUCACAGAAUAAGAUAACAGAUGUGGGUGCAGAGAAACUGGCUACAGCUCUUCCCUCCUUGUCUUCAUUAACAACACUAAGCUUAUACAAUAAUAGCAUUUGUGAUUUUGGAGCGGAAAACCUUGCAAAAGUCCUUCCUGCAAUGGCUUCUUUAAGAGUGCUAGACAUUCAGUAUAACAAAAUAACUGAUGUUGGAGCCCAACAGCUGACUGACAGCCUAAGAAAAUGUCCCCAUAUAAAAAAUUUGGUGAUGUGGAAUCCUACAAUUCCAUAUGGAGUUCUUGAACACCUUCAGCAGCUGGACUCUAGGAUCAGCGUGUAGGUUCGGAUGAUCCUAUAAAGGUACCAUGAAAAGGGGAAGGUCUCUUCUGUGUUUUCCUAUCUUACCGCUUUAUGAAGCAGGAAUUAAAUGCCAACUUCUGUGAUAGUGGCAACAUGAAAAAAGUCACAUUGAACCUUCUGGGUGAUGCUUGAAGUGGGUGAAUGAUGGAAUUCACAUUUUUAAGAGGUCAUUUAAAGUGCUUUUUAAAAACUCAGUUGCGUCUCCGUUGAAUUGAUGAACAGUUAAGUAACAUUUCACAGAAGAACAACUGGAUAAUUUUCAGUAUUAAAAGUGAACAGGAGUCACCAGCUUAUUGGCAGUAGAAAAUUCUCUCAUCGAUUCAUCGAAGUGUACGCUACAAGCUGCUGCACCUGCAACAUCUGAAGUCAUGAGAGAUGAAAACUAAUUGUUUUGUGGUGCCACUGAUAAACACAGUUAAGUUUGUUUUGAUUUUGGACUACCAAAAUUGAAGUUUUCACCUGUAAAUCUGGAUUAAAUGGAAGUGUCUGGAUCAGAAGUGUAAGAACAGCCAGUCUGGAAAACAGUCUGAAGUUGUAGUGUUGUCCUUGGGAAUCUAGAAGUGGCUCUUUUCUUCAUGUUCAUUACCAACGCUGUCUUAAGAAAAGUAUUUCUUAUCAAAUAACUGUCUUGUUACAGAUUCCUUCAAAAAGAUUGGAGGGAGAAAAGGGAUGAAUUAAAACUGGAAAACUAUCAGGGAUUUCCCUGAUAAUGUGACAGAAAUCCAAUUAUAUACAAACAGCUCCAGCCCAGUGCAGAGAAAUCUUCAGUGACAUUGCUUAAAGGUUUUUACUCUGUCACAAAUGGAAACUUGACGACUGUGAGGAUUUUUCUAUUUUUUACUGAAAGGGUUUCACUCAGUGUGAGCUAUUACAAAAAGAGAUUCUGGGUUGUAAAUGUCAGCUAAAGUAUUUGUGCAUGAAAUUCUGAGGAACUGAAAACAAAAGUUGGACUUCUGAAACCGAUUUUUCUUCUUAUUCAUAUACCUGCACUGAGAUUUGUCACCUGCAAGUGUGAGACUAACUGCACAAGCAUCUAUUUUAUACUUGAAAAUGAAAUCACUACUUUGUGUUCUUGAUGUGGUCUGCCUCUACAGAGUUAUGAAGAAUUAGCCAAUGACAGGAAAUCACGUAUUCCAAACAAUUAACAUGGAUCUGUUCUGCUGGCCUCAGUAUUAUUUGAGCCAAAUCUAAACAGUUCAAAACCUCAAUCUUUGUUCUUUCCAGCAAAUUCUAUAUUUCCACUAACAUUCUGCACCUGCAGAAUCUUGACAAUUUAAAGAAAGAAGGAAGGAAGGUCUUCUAAUUUAUUGUUUCUGUUCAAAGUCAGGAUCCAGACCUAGUACGUGGAGGUAAUAGUACAGCAGAGCAAGGUGAAAAACACUAUGGAGAAUGCAAUUCUAACUGGAAAAUUAUAUUUUCCUUCAUUAUCUGCUUCAGUCUUCAAAUUCUAGCCAGAGGUGUGGAAAAAUCUCAUUUAUGUUCCUCUCUUUAAGCUGCUUGAAUGGGAAGUAGCUUGAGCUAAAUUCAGUGUGACAUUCCCAUCAGCCUACAACGCUCCAGUCACGAAGAGCUACAGUGAGCCCUCCUCUCGGCUUCCUGGAACCACACUUUGGAUGACAAAUGCCCCUUUAGGGAUAUAUUCUGCAGCCAGGCUUCACUGUGACUGAAUCUAAGAAUAUGCUAACUAUUAUGGAGGCAGCUAAAUGUAACAGCACUCUGCACUGCUAAAAUGGUGUUCUACUGUUCUCUCAGUGGAAGAUGUAUGCUUAUAAUGUAGAUUGUAAAUUGUGAUGCAGUGUUUUGGUCAUUUUUAUACAUCUUUUUGAAAGUAUUAAUAAAAGUGAGUAUUCCUUUUUACAGUA